AUGUUCCUAACACUUGUCCUCGUAGUGCUUAUAGCAGCAUCCCUCCUCUACUAUCAACGUACCCGUACCCACAUACCAAAAGGCCUCUCCCCCGCCCCCGGUCCCAAAGGUCUCCCCUUGAUCGGCAACGCGCACCAACUCGGCCCCCAACCGCACCGCCAAAUCACCUCUUGGGCCCGUACAUAUGGCGAGAUCUUCAAGAUCCGGCUUGGAUGGAACGAUUGGUACCUGCUAUGCUCACCCUCUGCCGUGAAAGAAGUUAUGGAUCGGCAAUCUAAAGAUUCGAGUUCGAGGGCCCCGAUGCCGGUCGCCAACGAUGCGCUGAGUGGAGGCUUGAGGUUUUUAUUCAUGGAGUAUGGGCCGGAGUGGAGGAAGUUGAGGGCGAUCAGUCAUAAGCUUUUGACGCCGGUGGUGACUAAGACGUUCCAGCCGAGCCAGGAGUGGGAGGCAAAGAUGAUGAUGGAGGAGGUCUUGAGGGGAGCUGGGGAGGCCAAGGGUAGUGAGGUGGGGUACAAGGCUGUAAGGAGAUAUACGGUUAGUGUGAUCAUGACGAGUACAUAUGGGAGGAGAAUUGCUGAGUGGGAUUGCGAUGAAGUCAAGGAGAUAUACGGUAUCAUGAAUGACUUCUCCACCAUCGCGGCUCCCGGAGCUUAUCUUGCAGAUACUCUUCCUUUCCUGGGCCGGUUGCCGCCACGGCUUCAAUGGUGGCGCAAGCCGCUGAAGCCUUACUUUGAUCGUCAAGCCAACCUCUGGAUGUCCCUAUUUUCCUCUCUUAAGACGCAAAUGGAGACCAAACAAGCACCCGAAUGUUUCGUCAAACAGCUUAUUGAAAGCAAUUACGAAAAACAAGGCAUCAGCGAGCUACAGGCGGCCUUCCUUGCCGGUUCCCUCAUCGAAGCUGGAAGCGAGACCACCAGCGCAGCUACCAACGGCGCGAUACUGUAUCUCUCUGCCUACCCCGAGGUCCGUCAAAAGGCUUGGGAGGAACUCAACAGAGUAGUAGGAAGUUCGCGAUCGCCCACCUUCGAGGAUGAAGAGAAUCUGCCGUACAUCCGCGCCAUCGUGAAAGAAACGAUGAGAAUCCGUCCCGUCACGAACAUUGGGUCACCGCACUACACAACAGCUCCAAUUGUCUACAAAGACACCUACAUCCCCGCGAACUCCAUAGUCGCACUACAACAAUACCCAAUCCACUACGACCCCGAGCUCUUCCCUGACCCCAUGCGCUUCAACCCGGACCGUUACCUCGCCUUUCCCGAAAAAGCAGGCUUUUACGCCGGCGGGUCUGCUUCCUCGCGCGAUCACUGGAACUUCGGUGCCGGGAGGCGCAUUUGUUCUGGUCUCCAUUUGGCGGAGAACAGUAUGUUUAUUGUAUUGGCUAAGCUGCUGUGGGCUUUCGAUAUCAAGCCGCCCGUUGAUGAGACGGGCAAGGAGAUGGAGGUUGAUCUGAGCGAUGAGGCGUUUGAGCCGGGUGCAAAUACUAUUCCGAAGCCGUAUCGCGUGAGGUGGGUUGUUAGGAGUGAGGAAGUGAGGCGAACGAUUGAGAGAGAGGCGACGGAAGCGAGGAGGGAUGGAUAUGUGCUCCGGGGAGUGAAGGUGGGGGAAGAGGGCACAGAGGUAUAG